UCGUAUCAGCAGGUUUAACAAUAAACAUUUGUAAUGCAUUAACAAGUCAGCUCCUGGAGAAGGGGCAACGCAAACGCGUUACGUUAGUGGAGAAGCACAGUGGCAGUGUUUAAAGUCGGUUGUCAUGUCUGUGAUACGUAAAAUCUUGCGAGUGAAACCUAUAAAUAAGAAACUCGCUGCAGCACUCACUUCUCGCCGAUCAUAUUCAAACCAGUCGUCACAAUUUAUUCUGCAUUCCGAUCUAGAAGAUGUGGAAAUACCCAACAUUUCAAUUGAUCAGUAUUUAUUCUCAAAAACACACAACUGGCCUCAGCGAAUUGCCACGGAAUGUGCCGCCACUGGCCGAAAAUACACCUAUGAAGAAAUUCAAAGAAAAAGCAUCAAUUUAAAUAGAAAUUUGCGAAAAAAGCUCAAAUUGGAAAAAGGAGAUGUUAUUGCAAUUUUAUUGCCUAAUUCGCCCGAAUUUAUUAUUGCAACGAGUGGAGCACUUAAAGCCGGCCUAAUUGUGACUACAUUGAACCCAAUUUACACUCCCGAUGAAAUUUCCCGCCAGUUGAAAGACUCUUCAACAAAAGCCAUAAUAACAUUUGUGGAUUUUUACGAGUUGGCAAAAGCAUCAGCAAACCUAACCCAAUCACCGAUCAACAUUUUAACGAUUAAAACCCAGCAAGGCCAAUCAGUUCCUCAAGGUGCAUUAAACUUUGACGAAUUUAUUGAAAAUUGUGAUUACCCAGAUGUGCCACCAGCAGACACCAAUGAUAUUGCAUUUUUACCAUAUUCUAGUGGGACCACCGGGCUUCCCAAGGGUGUCCAACUCAGCCAUAGGAAUAUUUUAGCGAACUUGUGUCAAUUUAACGCCAGGGAAUUGUCUGUGAUUGAAGAUACGACUAGGGACCAUCAAGAUGUGAUUCCGGCUGUUUUGCCCAAAUUUCACAUCUACGGCUUGACUGCAACAACUCUGCAUUUAUUUUACAAAGGGUGCAAAACAGUUGCCAUUUCGAAAUUCACUCCAGAGGGUUAUUUGCAAACAUUGCGGAAACACAAGCCUGAUGUCCUAUUCGUGGCACCUCCACUUGUACUAUUUCUGGCAUCGCACCCUUCUGUAACUUCAAGUGACCUUCAAUCAAUCCGAUCUGUGAUUUCCGGAGCCGCUCCUUUGGGUGCACUCGACGAAGAACGCUUUAUAACAAAAGCCCAGAAAGAAAUAAACAUUUUGCAAGGUUAUGGACUUACUGAAACCUCCCCAAUGGUCGCAAUGACCCGCGCCGCCUUCAAAAAGCUCCCAAAUUCGAGUGGGACAAUUGGCCGGCCUGUUUCCCAAACAUCGGUCAAAAUCAUCGACCCUAAUGACCCACAUGAAACACCCUUAGGAGCUAAUAUAACCGGCGAGUUGGUGGUUAAAGGCCCGCAGGUGAUGAAAGGGUACCAUAACCGUCCCGAAGAAACUCGAAAUGCUUUUACUAAAGAUGGCUGGUUCCGUACCGGCGAUAUGAUGUAUUACAAUGACCACAAACUCUUGUUUGUUAGCGACAGAUUGAAAGAGUUGAUUAAAGUGAAAGGGUUUCAAGUACCACCGGCCGAAUUGGAGGAAAUUAUAAGGGACUUCCCCGAUGUUACUGACGCUGCAGUGAUUGGAGUGCCGCAUCCAAAGGACGGAGAAGUACCUAGGGCUUAUAUUGUAGGGAAAAACAUCGACGUGAAUAAAUUGGAGGAGUUUGUAGCACAAAAAGUGGCACCUUAUAAACGGCUAAGAGGAGGGAUUCAAAUUGUUGAAAGUAUCCCGAAAAACAAUACCGGGAAAAUUUUAAGACGUGCCUUGAAAGAAGAGUAUGAAAGGAAGAUGAAAAAAUGAUGACAAUUUGCAUUUGACCACAAUAUACAAUACAUAAGAUUAAAUUACAAAACAUUUUUUACAAGGCCUUUGUCAAUAAAAAACCAAACAACAGUAAAACUAUUUUAUUUGCAUAACAAAUAAACGUGUAACAAAUCCUCACGAGUGUAAAAAUAAAAUAAAUUA